AGGCAGCAUGGCACUACAAAAUUUUUAUAAAUCAAGAACAUUGACUUUAACAUGGAAUUUAUUGAAAUGUCAGUUGUGCACAAUUAACCAUAAGGUUCCUGUAUGUCUACGUGCGUUUCCAUCGGCAGCAAAAUUUUCAACAAGCUCCUCUAAAUCGCUGAGAGAGAUUCAAGAAACGCAUGAUGGCAAUACAAUCACAGUUGAAGGGAAGUAUGUAAAAUCUGAUAGAACAGGUCGUUUACUUCAUUUGGAACAUCAGAUACCAGGCACCUGCCCUUUGUGUGACAUUAAAGUUGAAUACACAGAUGUGCUGAUAUUGAGCCAGUUUGUGGGCCCUGAUGGCAAUUUGCUACCUGCCCAUGUAACAGGACUCUGCAGGAAGAAAGAGUACCAGAUGAGACGUAUGAUUCACCAGGCCUACAGUGCAGGGUUGCUGCCCAAACCUCAUGGAGGAGAACAUGGAGAAGACGAUGUCCUACCACAGCACAAGUGGAAACAAUACAAUGUCUACUUUAAACCAUUCAAGCGUUACCAACUUAUGUAAAUGUUUGCGUGUAUUUUUGUAGUAAUAAAAUUUAUUAGUUGUCUUCUA